AAUGGUUCAUAUAAAAUUUUAUAUUCAAGAUAAAAAUAAAAAUGACCCACAAGAUUUUUUAGUUUUUAUUUUUUUUUGGUUAAAUAAAUGGUAGUAAAAGGGCGAUGCUUAAGACGGUGCGUUUUUGGCCAGUCUUCUUCUUCUUCUUCCUCAGUUUGCCUUCUUUUCUUUCAUGAAAGUCGGUUCGGGUUCGGCCAUUGAGUUAGCUACUCGAAUAAGCCGAGCUCUAAUCUCUGCUUCGAACCACACAAGGCCAACUCGAUCAUGGAACCCUUCACUCGAGCAGACUCUCCACCGCCUCCGUUGCCGCGACUCGCUCACCCCAUCACUCGUCGCCCGAGUCAUCGACCCGUUCCUCAUGACUCACCACUCGCUCGCUUUCGGCUUCUUCAACUGGGCUUCCCAACAACCUGGGUUCGCUCAUACUGCCUUAACCUACCAAUCCAUCCUCAAAGCUCUCUCCUUUUCCCGCCAGUUUAGCGCCAUUGAUGCUCUCCUGCGUCAAGUCAAGUCCCAGAAAAUUUUGCUCGAUUCUUCGGUUUAUCGCUCCGUGAUUGCUUCUAUGAUCAUGGGAAAGAAAACCCAGAACGCUUUUUUUGUUUUUAGCCAGGCUAGCUUGUCUAUGCAAGAGAUUGGGCCUGAGAUUUGUAACUCUCUAUUGGCUGCAUUAGCUUCUGAUGGUUAUCUCGAGCAUGCUCAGAAAGUUUAUGAGGAAAUGACUAGUAAAGGUGUCCCUUUGACCACUCUUGGUUUUGGUGUGUUUAUAUGGAGGUUUUGCACUAAUGCUGAAUUGGGUCUUGUUCUAAGUAUGAUACAUGGGGUUAUGGGGUGCGGUUCGAAGAUUAAUGGGUCUGUUAUAGCUGUCUUGAUCCUUCAUGGGCUUUGUCAGGCUACAAGAGUGUCAGAGGCUUUCUCUGUAAUAGAUGAGCUGAGGAGUAGGAACUGCAAGCCAGAUUUCAUGGCGUAUAGGAUUGUUGCUGAAGCAUUUCGAUCGACAGGGAGUGUGGUUGACACAGAGAAUAUCCUGAAGAAGAAGAGAAAGUUAGGGGUAGCUCCAAGGAGUAAUGAUUAUAGAGAGUUCAUAUUAGAAUUAAUUUUAGAGAGACGAAUAUGUGAAGCAAAAGAAUUGGGUGAAGUGAUCAUUAGUGGAAAUUUCCCGAUUGAGGACGAUGUUCUCAAUGUGUUGAUAGGAUCAGUUUCGGCCAUUGAUCCUGAUUCUGCAUUAAUGUUUUUCAAAUUCAUGGUUGGGAAAGAGAGAUUUCCUACCCUUCUAACUUUGAGCAACUUGAGUAGGAGUCUCUGCAAGCAUGACAAGACUGAUGAACUAUGGGAAAUUUUCCAACUUUUGUCCUUUCACGACUACUUUAAAGAUUUGGAGAGCUACAAUGUGAUGGUAUCAUUCUUGUGCAAGGCUGGGAGAAUAAAAGAGGCAUAUGGUGUUCUCAAGGAUAUGAAAAAGCAAGGGUUGGGCCCAGAUGUCUCAUCCUAUAAUUCCCUCAUGGAAGCAUGCUGUAGAGAAGAUCUACUACGGCCUGCUAGAAGGCUGUGGGAUGAGAUGUUUGCCAAUGGAUGCAGCGGAAAUCUGAGGACUUAUAACAUCCUUAUUCGGAAGUUCUCAGAAGUAGGUCAAGUUGAUGAGGCUCAGAGGCUGUUUCACCACAUGUUGGACAGAGGAGUUGCUCCUGAUGCUACAACUUACUCAUCUCUGCUAGAAGGGCUUUGUCAAGAAGAAAAGCUAAAUGAUGCUUUUGAAGUCAUAAAGGGGUCUUUCAGACAGGAUAUAAUGCUUGCACGAACUGUGUUGGGUGCAUUUAUUUUGUAUUUAUGCAAAGAAGGUCUUUUCCCUGCUGCGUCUAACUUACUCUGUGGCCUCACUUUUGACGUAGCACAUUCAAGCUCUCAUGUAAUAUUGCUAAAAUAUUUAGCUGAUGCUGGAGAAGUUCCAAUUGCUAUUGAACAUGUAAAUUGGGUUCGAGAAACUUCGCCCUCCAUGUUGCAAAUGAUACGUACCGAACUUUCAGCAUCACUUUCGUCUUCCUCAAAACCAGAGCCAAUUCUUCAGCUACUACAGAAGGUGCAAGAAAUAUCCAUUCUCAACCAAUAACACUUGAAAGAAUCUGUGUAUCAUAUCAUUCACAUCAUAUCAUACGAGAUUUUUUGAGUUACAAUAUACUAGGAAAUUUGAAAUGUAUGUUAACUCCCUGGUAUGUUAAUGAGAAAUGAUGAAAUACAAGUUUACCA